AUGCAAGGCGAAGGUGAGCGAGAUUGUAGGACUGCCGGGCCGCUGACGUCCACGGCAGUUGCCAGUCCGCCGAGCAAAGCGACCCACUCAGACAAGAAAACUAUCGAAAGGUACGGGGAUAUGGUUCUGUUCGCCCAGUCCCAAGUCCGUUGGGGGGACACGAUGAGACUUCAAUUAGCUUUACUGUGCACGGUGCUGGCCGUAACUGGCUGCAAGUCGAAUAACUUGCCCCCGGCACAGAUGCUCUUCGAGCCUGGCCCCGGAGUGGGUGGCCCCGGCCCUGGCGUGAUGAUGCCGGGAGCCUACGGUGCUGCUGCCGCAAUGUCUGCCGAGGCUGCUAUGGCUGAAGGCAUGGGUGGUCCUGGCUGCAUGCCCGGUCCUGGGUGCAUGGGUGGAGGCAUGAUGGCCGGCGGAAUGAUGAUGGGGGCCGCUAGCUCCCAGAUCGCCUUCGUUGGUCCCGACGGGAUGAUUGUCACCUGGGACGUGGGCCAGCCGGGUUACUUCGACUCGCAACCCCUAGUCGCCCCGGGGCGUUCGAACUUCCCGCAGGGUGCCAUCUAUCGCUUAAAGCUAACCAGCAUACCAGGCCGCCCGGGUGUGGAACUCUAUCCCACCCUCGAAUUGGCACCGACGCUGCCACGUACCGAGGCCUACCUGGCGCACAACGCCAUCCCGGCCCAGUUCACCGAAGAAGACUUCGACCAGGUGACCAGUGGCAACUUUGUGACGAAGGUUAUCUACCUGCCUGAUGCAGAAUUCCAGGAACUCGCCUUGGCGGGCGUCGAGACUCUCGUCAGCACGCGGCUCGAUCCGGGUAUCGACCCGAUCGUGGAAGCCGACCGACGGGGUUCGAUUCUGGCCAUCAUCCGGCUGGGUAACAAAGACCUACAAGUCCCAGACGGUAGCGGUGAAAUCCCCGGAGAGAUCAUCAGCGAAGAGGUCGUCCCGGCCAGCUACAACGCCGCGAUGGGUGGACCGGGUUGCGUGCCGGGGGAUGGAAACACUCCGAUCCCGAUGGCCAGUUCGAUGGCCGUGCAGCCUGCGGGCAUUCCCCCAGGGUUCAUCGCCGGGGCAACCGCUCCGCAGUAUGGAAUGCCGAUCAGUGGUACUCCGAUUGGGCUCCCGGGUCCGCCGCACAUCCCCUUGGGAGGUCCGGCUGGUCUGCAGAAGCACACCAUUACCAAUCACACCCAUGUUCACAUGCCGAAACCUACGAGCAAGUUGAGCAUCAACGUGAAAGAGUCGCCCGGGUUUAGCUAUCCGAAGCCGCCCAGCCACGUGUCGAUCAGAGAACGCACGACGAAGGCACCGCUUUGGUUCCGCCAACCGCUUAGCGACAAGUUCAAGUGUCCUCAACCGACACGACAGGCUCCCCGCUGGAGAAAAACAGCCGGCAUCUGGGCGCUGGUCUCGAUCGCGUGCCUCAGCACGUGCUACGAGGCCAACGCCCAACAACCACGGCUGCACUACCGCUUCGACGGUAGUAGUUCUCUGGGAGCGAUUGGCAGCUGGCGACUCCAACGGGGCGGACCGUUGGCAGGAUAUUUUCAGCCGGUCGAGCUACGGGCUCCACAAGGAGCGAAGAUCGCCAUGGCGGUCGAAGGUUCCUUUACCGAGCCCCAGCUUGCACCCGCUUCGGUAGGCCUGUUGAUCGCCCCGGUCUACCGCUUUCGCGUCACAAACAUUCCCUUCGAACCGGGACGCGAAGUGUUUCCGACGGUCGAGAUCAUCGACCGGACCUAUCCGCCGCCGCAACUGGCGUGGAAGUUCCCCAUUCCGAUUGAGCUCACGCAAGAAGAUCUGCGGAUCGCUCUCUCCGGAAAGAUGGUCACCCGGGUGAUCUACGUUGAAGACCCGAACACGGCCCUGCCGGUUCAGACGGAAAACAACGAACAAGCGUGGUUCGAUGUGGGCCCCGAAGCAAACCCCUUGUUCGUAGCCGACACGCUGGGCCGACCGGUCGCCAUCCUGCGAAUGGGUGGCCGCCAACCAAUGGAUCCGCUGACGCCCUCGAUGACUUUCCUUUUGGGCUGCCCACCCUUGAUGUUUGCACCGCAGUGCGUCGAUGUCUCGGACGUGGGAACUGUGCCUGAGGAAAUCGAUCCGCGAACCCAGGCACCGCUGGAAAUCGAAGAGUUGGAAACGCCAGCGGUCCCCGAUGACUCGCAAGACCGCUCGGCCGCGGCGGAAGUCGAGGUACAGAAGAUGACGCCCCCUGGCCCGGCACCCAUGGCCGCAGCCGCUCCGGCGGCCGGCAUGAUGCCAGCUCCAACGCCUUUGCCGAUAGCAAGUGGGCCAGCCAGUGGCGUCAUCCCUGCCUCGGCCACCGUCCCGAUUGAGGGUGUGGGCGAAGUGCCGGUCUGCAAUGGGGCAUGUUGUGCACACGGUGGAUGCGACAAGCCUUGGUCACCCGCGGGUAUUGGUUGCCCCUGGCCGUACGAUGAAUACCUUUGCGACGGCGGCGAUGCGACCAUCCCUGUGAGCGUCGAUGCGAAUUGGCAAAUCUAUGGGCUGGGCAUCGAAGACACCGUGGCUCACUUUGAUACACUCGACGGUCGUCGCCUGGUCGAACCGAGCAACUGCGUCUGCCUGUAUGCGCCUCGCUUCGCAGCGGUGCGAAGUGUGGGUGGACUGAAUCAGAACGAUCAGGUGGCCGGCCCCGGCGGUGUGGUUCAACCGCUGGCACCAGUGCGUAGCGAAGAGGUCCAGAUCGCCGCCACCGACAAACAGAAUCUGGCCCCGAUACAUCAGCGCACAUGGAACCGCGCAGGUUCCUACCAGAUGAACCAGUCCGAUGGAAUCAUGGCCACUACCUUGAAGGCCGUGGCAUUCCAAGACGCCUACCUACCAUUCGAAGACUUGCAACUCAUACGGCGUGGGAUCGUCGAUCAGGCGGAAGAAGCUCGAUUGGCCGAGUUGUACCAGGCGGCCAUCACCUGGACGGGGGACCAAGAAGUUCAGGUCAUUCUCGACGAGCAACGGGCCGCCGAAGAUGUGUCGAUUCAAUCUGCACACACGGUUUACGCCAUCGAAGAGAAUCCUGAAGGCAAGCUUCGGCUUUGCAAGCUCGCCUCGUGCCGUGCGGCCAAGCCCGGCGAUACCGUCGACUUCACCCUGCGGUACGAUAAUGUCGGCCGGUCGACCAUCGGCAACGUAACCAUCGUCGACAAUCUGACUGGCCGUCUGGCCUACGUGCCCGGCUCCUCGGAGUCGAGCCGCGACGCGAACUUCCUUACGGAGAUUAACGAACAGGAUUCGUUGGUCCUACGUUGGGAGAUCAUCGCCCCGCUCGAACCUGGCGAAGGCGGCGUGAUCCGCUUCAAGUGCCGCGUCCGCUAG